CACGUAAGAAUCCAGCGUAAAAUUUAAGGAAGAAGUUACAUCUUUUUCUCAAGUUGAAUAUCGAUACAGCUGCUUAGACUCUGACUUGAUGUACAGUUGACCCGUCCCGGACCAGAGGACUGCUCGGACGCUUUUUGAAGCGACGCGGGGCUGUCAAACACAGCAGCCGACACACAAGAUGAGAUUCUCGGCGUUUGUUUCUGUGCUGCGGUCGGUCGGCCCGGUGGUAGUCGGUAUUUCUUUAGGGUUUACGUUGAGUUUAUUAAGUGUAAACUGGACAGACGAAGCGUGUUACCUAGACGGUAAGGAGGGUGAGGGUGUGACUGUGGGUCAGGAUGGACUGCUCAAAGGAGCCCGAAAGCCCAACUCUAUUUCCACUGGCAACGAUGUGGAGUCCGACAAGGAUUUUGAACCGCGAAUAGUGCCAUAUAAACAAGUCCAGCAGAGCGCCCCAAAGAAAGUUUUCAGGGCUAAAUACAUAAGCACAGAGUUGGGGACGCGAGAGCGUCUGUUUGUCGGGGUCCUGACAUCCAAGAACACUCUAAACACUCUGGGUGUAGCUGUCAAUCGCACCAUCAGCCAUCACCUGGACUCUGUGAUCUUCUUCACAGGCAUGCGCAACCGCAAAGUCCCUCAUGGCAUGUUCGUGGUCUCUCACGGAGACGAGAGGCUGAUAUGGAACAUGUAUCAGAACAUCAAACACAUCUUAGACCAUUACAUCAAUGAAUUCGACUGGUUCUACUUCGUCCAGGAUGACGCCUACACGGAAGCUGACAGGAUCAAAACCCUGGUGGAUCACCUUAGCAUGGAUCGAGAGCUCUACAUGGGCAAACCUGAGGAGUUCAUAGGAGGAGAAAUGGAAGGGAAGUACUGCUACGGAGGGUACGGGUACAUCCUGUCACGUACCUUGCUCCUCCGACUCCAGCCCUACCUGGAAAACUGCAGGAACGACAUCCUGAGUGCAAGGCCUGACGAGUGGCUCGGGAGAUGCAUCAUUGAUUACACACAAACCAACUGCGUCAAUGAAUUUCAGGGGCUUCAGUACCACCAUUAUGAGUUAGGAAAAAACUCAGAUCCGAGUAAAGAAGAAAGUGAACAGUUCAAGAAAGCUCUGACUGUCCAUCCAGUGGCUGACCCUGAACAGAUGUACAGGCUGCACCGAUACUUCACUGAGAUUGAACUCCAGAAGACCUACGAUGAGAUUGCUAAGCUUCAGGCAGAAAUAAAGAACGUGAGUGUGGUUGCUUUUGAUGGCAACCGGAGUUCCCAGUGGCCUGUGGGGAUCAAUCCACCGUUUGAACCAAAAUCUCGGUUUGAAGUUCUGAAGUGGGAAUACUUUACAGAGGAAGAGAUUUAUUCAUGCAUCGAUGGCUCUCCAAAGUGUGAACUGCAGGGCAUUGACCGCAUGGAUGUGGCCAAUGUCAUUGAUGUAGCUUUGCUAGAGCUGAACAAGAAGUAUAAGCCUGUCCUUCACCUGAAGAAGCAGCAUCUGAUUAACGGGUAUAGACGCUUCGACCCCGUCAGGGGCAUGGAGUACACCUUGGACCUUCAGCUGGAGGUGGUGAACCAGAAAGGUCACAGCCGUUCUAUCACUAAGCGAGUUCAUCUGGUGCGACCUUUGAGUCGGACUGAGAUCAUCCCCAUGCCCUACGUCACUGAAGCUACCAGGAUUCACAUCAUUAUACCUCUUACUCUGCAGGACCGGAGCUCUGUGGAUCAUUUCCUGGGAGUCUAUGCUUCAAACGCUUUUGAGACCAGUGAAAAUGCCAUUCUCACAUUCUUAUUUAUUUAUGACCCAGUAGAGGCACAGCAAGUCAACCAGAAUGAUAUAUUCGCCAGUGUGAAGGGUCAGAUAAACACUUAUGAACGUAAAUACCCUGCAGUAAAAAUCCCAUGGAUAAGUGUCAAGACAGAAACUCCAUCCCAGAUCAAAUUCAUGGACAUCAUCUCAAAGAAGCACCCAGUUGACUCGCUGUUCUUCCUGGCUAACAUUAAAACAAAUGUCAAUUCAGAAUUUCUGAACCGUUGCCGCAUGAACUCCAUAAACAACUGGCAGGUGUUCUUCCCUGUCCAUUUCCAGGACUUCAACCCUGACGUGGCUUAUCACAACCAGCCACAUCCGGCUACAGUUGAUCUGGUCAAGGACGCAGGCCAUUUUGACCGCAGGUCAUUUGAAGAAGCGUGUUUUUACAACUCGGACUACAUGGCAACUCGAACGCGAAUGGUGGCAGACGUCCAAGAGAAUGAGGAGAUUCUAGAUACCCUGGACAUCUUUGACAUGUUCUUAAACUAUUCGGCCCUGCACGUGUUCAGGGCAGUGGAGCCAGCAUUGCACCAGCCGUACAGCUACCAAGCCUGCAACCCACGGCUAAGUGAAGACAUCUAUCACAGAUGUGUUCAGAGCAACCUGGAAGGUCUCGGUUCGUGCUCCCAGCUUGCCAUGCUUCUGUUUGAGCAAGAACAAGGAAACAGCACUUGAAACCAGAAUUAAACUUCCAUUAUAUUGAGGUUACAAACUGUGUUUGUUGCUCUAAAACCUUGAUGAUGCAAGCUAGCACAACUAAAGUCUGGAGAACUGAGGUGACAUAUUUAAUGCUGCCUGACAUUCUCUAGCAGUCUUUAGUUUGAGGUUGUAGCUAGCUUGGAAAAAUGAAUGCAGUACAUUCCUAAUGAAAACUUUCCUAAAUGUUCACAGUGCAUAUGAGUUGCUAGAACCAAAUCUUUUGCUACUGUGACGAUUCUAAAAAGCUGCAAUUUACAAGUUUUGAUCACUUGUUGGGAGAAACUGCCAGCAGCAGAGCCUUGACGCAGUGCUGGUUCAUCCAGCUGUUAUGUGUUUGGUGUCCAGGGGACAUAGGUGACCCAAUGGUGUCGUCUCUCGUGUUCAGUUCAGAUAUUCAGUGGGAUCAGAAGAAUUAGCUGCAAUACUUUCACAUUUUAGAAUGGCAUUUGAUUUAAAGGCACAAUGAGUAGGAUUGUAUUUGUAUGUGUAUAGAAUGGGUGUCUGUUUCAGCAGCUCUGCCUGUAUUUUCUAUUUUCUGUUCAUUUUGCUGCGUUGGGGGCUUUUGUGUGCACCAACAUUUAUAAAACGCAGCAACCAGGUGCCAGAUUGUAAGCACAGAUCAAAGAAAAAGCCAAAAGAAUGGUGGACACAGUGCCAAAAAAAUGCAAAUAUAGUGUGGUGAAACACCAUGCGGACAAUGCUUGUACCAAAAACGUGACCCUGAGGUUUUGCUUUUACACGCUGGCGAGCACAGUAAACCUCAUUGAUACGGUGAGGAGAAGCUGACUGUGAAUGUUAAAAAAUCCUACUCAUUGUCCAUUUUUAUUGUUAAUUUCAAAGAUAUUGUAAGAUGGGGCUUUAACGUGAAGUUCGAAAAGAUAAUCGGUAUAUUGCACCACAGGUUGUGUGCUCAUUCACAUUGAAGCAUUGAGCUUUUGACACGUUCUGAUUUACAAAGGCACAUCUUUGUAUAUGUGCCUUGACACUGACUGUUGGGUGGGUAGGAGAUAGUAUCUUCCACUGUGGAUAAAGCCUGUUACACAGCUGGGAGGAAUGAAUGGAGAGUCAGUUAACUCUUUUUUUUUUUUUUAAGGUGACAGCAGUGUGUAUUUAAGCUUUUGAUGUUGUAAUAAAAUGUACAUUCAAGAGGCAAAGGGCAAUCAUGAAUAAUGGGGGGAAAUAAAUCACCUAGGUAAACGUCUGAAGUGAUGGCCCAUGUGAGUCCUCGUGAAAGCUGUACUUUAAAACUGAAUAUUUUUAAAUCAAAAAACAAUUUUUCCACAACAAGUUUAGCAGAUAGUUUUUUUAUACUCUAAAAAAGAUGUCUAAAUGUUCUAAAGUAUUUUAUAAAUUAUUGAAUGAUGUCAUUGUCCUCCAUUUCCUGGGCUUGGUUUUAGAAACGGCAGCUUUCUCCCAGUCUCAGUGCAGUCCAAUGGGAGGCCUUUUCUACAUUACUGAGUGGAGGUUGUGGAUGUAUCGGUACUGGACACCAGCAAGUUAUUAGUAUAUUAUAAUGUGCAAUAUUACAGAUAACACAACUGGCUAUAUGUCCAAUGGAGGGGGACUUUCUAUUUCAAAGACAAUAGCCGCGUUCAGUACUUUUCCCACUUUAGUUCCGAUAUAGUUCCGAAAUGUCGCGUUCACACCAAAAAGAGC